AUGUCAGGAGAGACGUUCCUCCUGUUUGAGUCUGCCCCAGGGCUGCUGCUGUUACGUGUGAAGCAGUGGGAUGCAGUCGCUCAGGACACAGAGGCGGUGCAGGAGGCUUGCACAGACGCUCAGCGUUUCAAGCAGCUCAUCUCUUCAGAGGCCUUUUAUCCCUUUGCCGACGCAGCAGAAGCGCUGGAGACCCUCAUGGGAGUGGCCAGUGGCAUAGUUCCCCCGUCCAUGCAGAAGUUUUUGGAGUUACACAUGCCCGAGGCAGCCCGCAGCGGCGGAGCCUCGAGGAAGAAAAAGCAUGUUUCGGGAGAGCAUGCCGAUUGCGCCUUAGGAGUCUGCGACGCUGCUUUGGGGAAGGCUUUGAGCGAGUUGGGCUACAAAGUCAUUUACAGCCCCUCCAUGCUUGAGCUGCACCGUGGCGUCCGCAUGCAUCUGCGUGCCUUGGCAAAGCCACUAAGGACUCUUCCUUUGGCAAAGUUUCAGGUGGGGUUGGGGCAUAGCUACAGCAGGGAGCUCAUGCAGGUGGAUCCUAGGAAGCAAGACAAGCCCAUCAUGCAGUCGGUUGCGCUGAUUGACUCAUUGGACAAAACCAUAAACAGCUUUUCGAUGAAGCUUAAGGAGUGGUAUGGGUGGCACUUCCCGGAACUUAUUAAAAUCGUCACCGACACGGAGGCUUAUUGCAAGGCCGUCCUCAUUAUCAAGCAGAAAGAAGAGUUCGAUGAGCAGGAAAAUGGGCAGAAAUUGCUGGAGGCUGUAGGCAACAGUGAAGAGGUUGCAGCCGAGGUGCUUACUUCCAUCAAGCAUUCUAUGGGCCAGGAGAUUUCGGAAGAGGACUUCGCCAACAUUGAGCGAUUCGCACAGCAGCUGCUGCGGCUGUGCGAGCAGCGCAAGGCGCUCCAGGAGUACCUGAGCGGAAAGAUGGACGUCGUUUCCCCCAACCUGAAGGCUGUGGUGGGAGAGGUUCUCGGAGCCAGACUCAUUUCGCAUGCAGGCGCGCUCGUCUCGCUUGCAAAGUAUCCUGCAUCCACAAUCCAAAUUUUGGGGGCUGAGAAGGCACUCUUCCGCGCAUUGAAGGCUCGCAGUGGGCGGACUCCUAAAUACGGCUUGCUUUUCCACUCCUCCUUUAUCGGAAGGGUGCAGCAGCAGAAGCACCGAGGUAGAAUGAGCAGGUACUUGGCCUCGAAGUGCGCGCUGGCUGCACGCAUUGACGCGUUCAGCGAGGAGGCUGAACGGCCCAGUGGAAACGUGCAGCGGAGCCACAUUUUCGGAGAUAAGCUGAGGGAUCAGCUAGAGGAGAGGCUCAGGUACUUGGCCGACGGUAUUGUGCCCCGCAAGAAUCUGGACGUGAUGCGGGAAGCCGCUGCGGAGGUGGAACUACAACGCGCUGCGGAGGCGAAGGCAUUGAGGAAGGCUAAGAAGAAGGCCAAGAAGGCGGCAGCAGCAGAACCAGAAGCAGAAGCAGAAGAGAUCGAGGCGGAGGAGCUCCGGAACAAGAAGAAGAAGCGAGCGAACGCAGAAGCGGAAGAGCAGACCGAGCAGGCACCAGUUCAGGUCAGGAAAAAGAAGCAGAAGAAACGAUUAGAGGUGGAAGCUGCAGCAUAG